CGUGAAACGUGUGCCAAGUGUUUAGAAGUGGCAUAAACGGUAACCUUUAUCCGAAAUCAGCGGCGGAGGUUGAGUCGUCCUUGGCGGUUGUUCGAUUGCAUCCGAGUUCGGUCUUUUCGUUCCUCGUAGUGACAUUAACUGUAAACAUACAAACAUUCAUUCGUAAGACGAUUUGAAGGAUUCGAAGGAAGAGAAAAAUCCGUUCAGACGGUUUAUUAUUGCAUUCUAUAUCGAGGCUAUCCUUGAUUAAAUGUCAAGAAUGAAUAAAAACGUAAACGGAAGUAGUUUCGUGUUUACCGACGGUGAAAUAGGAAACGUUGAAGAAAAGAAGAUCGAUGUAUCUAUUGUAGAUAACACAGAGUUUAGGACACAAUUGAUAGCUCGUAUCGAGAACAUAACUUCAAAUAUAAUACAACAAAUAUGUUCCGGUCGACUGCCUCAAAUUUCCUACUCAAUAUCACAUAAUUACACUUCAAUGGAUCCUGAAACUGCUGUAGAAAAUGAUUUUUCUGACUGUGCUUUAAAUUUUACAUCGCACUCUUUCGAAGAAACUGAGCAAAUCGAUAAAGAAUGUACGCAAAAUGUUAUACAAAAUGAUAAAAGGACCGUCAUCGAUUUUGCAAGAAGAAAAAGCAAAGACAAGUUUGCUUUAAUAAUGACCGUAAUGGCUGCGGCACAUCGUUUGUUAAUUACAAAUACCACCAUCACUAGAAGAUCCCUCUAUUAUGAUUUGAAGAAUGAGAAGACUUUAAAUUUGGCGCCAGAUCAGAGAUUCGUAGAUCAAGCGGUGAAUCACCUCGCCGAUUUAUUGAAUUGCGCGCCAUGGGAGCUUAAUCUUCUACCAACAUCGAAAGGACUAGCAGCAGGUGAGCUGACGUUGACGUUAACUAACAAUCGAAUCGUCGAUUGCACGGUGCCGGGAGGAGCACUUAUUCCAUUCAUGGCGUCGAAUGUAGUUUCUGUUCGAACUAGAGCAAAAAUGGUGCUGAUCGUUGAAAAAGACGCUGUCUUUCAAAAAUUAUUGGAGGACGAUUGCCCUACCUUGUUGAAUUGCAUUCUGGUCACCGGGAAAGGGUACCCAGAUGUGGCUACCAGAAUGCUGGUGAAACUGUUGUCCGAUAAAAUGGAACUUCCGGUUUACAUAAUCGUGGACGCGGAUCCUUUCGGUGUGGACAUCAUGUGUGUUUAUCGUUUCGGUUCAGCGACUUUGUCCAAAGAGAGGGAGAGCCUGGCCUGUCCAAAGGUACGUUGGCUUGGGAUUCAUCCGUCCGAAUUACUAGCAUUGGGAGCCAGUACCGUUUCCCUCACUGGAUUCGAUUUAUCAAAAUUGGCAGCCAUCGAGGGUCGACCAUACAUGACCCAUGCUUUUCUCAAGGAACUGGAAAUAAUGCGGAUGGGUAAGGCGGAGAUAGAAAGUGUGUCCUCGUUCUCGAGAAAAUUUUUAAUCGCCACCUAUUUGCCUUGCAAGAUCAAGGGAAACGAUUACAUUUAACUUUAUCGUGUUGAACUGUUCUUUAGAACUUUUUGUUUUUAAGAGAGUAAUCCUGGAGUGUAAGUCAAGAAAAAAAUGUUAUGUGUCCUUUAAUCUUUAAAAUAUUACCAAUGGAAACUUAUCUUCUGUACUACCAUGAACGCUAAAAAUGAAAGUAUCAAUCAACUAUGAGAUGAA